AACCUACCAUGCAAGUCUUUGCACGGGGAGAACAUGCAACUCCACACACACAAGGUGGAGGUGGGAAUCAAACCCUGACCCUGGAGGUGUGAGGCGAAUGUGCUUAACCACUAAGCUACCGUGCACCUGGUGGAUUCUGGGCAAGGCGCUCUGAACUACUGAAUGUGGAGUAUGAAUACUUAUCUAAAUUAGAUUUUUAAAAUUUACUUUAAAAUAUUUACAGAAAGUUAAUCUUUUAUUCUGAAUAUAUUGUAGAGAUGUUUUAUAUACACAUGUGUGAGCAUGAGGACAAGUGCUGUUUAAUAUACGAGCAUUAUUACUGAGGGAAAAUGCACAAAGGUGACAAACGUAAUUGAUCCAUGGUUUAGGGGAUUGAAACCCUGUGAUUGAGAACCUCCACUGAACGAGCCCAAAGGUGGUCCUGAUCAUUAAAGUAUUCAAUCUAAAGCCAUGGUCUUAGUCUACUGCCUAGUGGAUGGGAAAUAAUGGCAAUGGAUUUGGUUGAAGGCAAAGAAGCUGAAGAAUACUAGAACCUGAAGCUGUUUGCUUUGAUGAAACUUUUUUUUAGUAAAUCUGCAGAAAUCCUAAAAUGCACAGAGAAAAUUCAAGAGUUUGUGAUUGAAAACACAAUUAACUGGAAAGAUUUGUAUGAUCAAAAACACAAAACUACAAAGACAAAUUUUCAGGCAGAUCAGUUCAAACAAAUCGGGGAGAGUUAAAAAAAAAAAAAAGCCCAAACUGCAAAUCAAAAGAGGAAUCUCAAAACAUCUGUACCAAAGGCAUUGAGAUCUGUGAAGAACUAGCAAAGUAUACACCAGAACACAAAAGGGAGGAAGCCAAAACAAAUGAGUUGAUUAAACCACCAAUGAUGUAUGAAGAAGAAAGUAAACCUGGGAAGGUGAAAGCUUCACAAAGGGCAUCAGAUAAUGCCAGGUUCCGCAUAGAGCAGAGCCAUGCUCAACUGGACAAGACCAGAGAGACCUAUGAGAAGAGUGUAGAGAACAUGGAGAAGAACCAAAAGGAGCUGACUGACAUCCUGAUCACCAUGAGGAAGUGUGAGAUCAAAGAGAUCGACUUUAACACCGCUAUACAAAUGUUGGUUAAGGGCAUGGAUGCCAUGGGGAGAGUGAAGGAGCAGUGGGAGAAGAUGGUGCGCUUCUUUCAGAUGGUGUCCAACAUCGUGAAAAUCAGUCUGACCAAAACCCUUAAAGAUUUUGUAUCCACAUCUGAGAAGACACAGACGCUUUCCUACAACGCAAAGCUCUUCUCCAAAGAUCUGCUCUACAAUCAAGCUUUUCAAGCCACUAACAUCGCCAACCUUGUGAACAUGAUCUCUACAACCUACACAGAGGUGUCCACCAAGCACAUCAUGGAUCGUGUCAGCUCUCUGGGAAAACUGAUGGCCAGGGACAAGGAAAAGCCAGAGUUUCAGUUUGGGGUUGAGCAGCUAAGGAACUCAUGUGAUGGGGCUCAGAAAGCAAUCAUAGUCCUUGUCCUCAAGAACAAGAAGGAGUUUGAAGAGAAGAGUCUUGCAAGACUGGAGAAGGUUGCUAAAGAGUUGCUCGCCAUUCUACCUGCUGCUGCUCCAGAAGAGAUAAAGCGCAUUCAAGCAGCUGUUAAAAGUGUAUUCACAGAAGAAGAUGAAUCAGCCUACGCUUGAGUAUGUAGCUUAUUUCACUCAGCACAACAAAUGAACCACAUAGAACAUAAAUAUAGAACAAGGGAGACACACACACAAACAGACAGACACACACAGACAGACACAGACACACACACACACAGACACACUCACACACAGACACAGACACACAAAGACACACAAACAUACACCUGAGUGAAUGAACAAAAGUAUCAAACGUGCAUUAUAAUGUAAUUAGCACAGUGUUCGUAUUCAAGCUUCUUGUCACAUGUGAUCAUAAAUAUCAUGUGAGCAUCAUAUCAUUCAUUUUUGUCACUUUUAAUUAACUUGAUUUUUUUCUAAUUACAUUUAUAUUACAAAUAUAAUACUCACAGGUAAUAUUCUUGUGUAUGUUAAUAUAUGUGUAUGUAUUAAUGCUCGGUCUUAACAGUAAAGUGACAAAAUUAUUCUGCACUUCAAACUAUUCUCUAAUACCACAAUAUAACGUAUAACUUUUUCCCAUUAACUUUGCAUUUAACAAAAAAUAAAGAUUUCUUACUUGUGUGUAUUAUUUAGUACUCAGUAGUUUCUUAAGUGAUAAAUUUCUAAAAUAAUAAAAGUCGUUUACUUCACCUCCUUCUUCAGGUUUACAAUUAUAAAGACUAAACUCUUAUAAAUGGAUGUUUUUAUUAUUUUUUCAGUGUUAGUGUUGAUGUUAAAUUGGUCCUCUAUCACUGUACCAACCCAAAUGUACCAGAAAAAUCCACAAGAAGAUUCUGACAAAAAAAAUUAUUGCCGUACAAUUUGGAUUUGUUUGUUUGCACUUUACCAGAAUAAACGCUCUCUGCAAUUUCAUUCA